AUGAUCGGUCUUUCAUACUGCUCGAGCUUCGUGUUGCUACCUUUCUGGGUGGCUCUUCUUUCAUUGCUUACCUGGAUCUAUGCUAGCUACAGUGGUCAGAUGCCCGCGAUCGUGCAGGUGAUCGACGCUGGUGCCGAGGCCGUUGCUGACCAGGUGGGACUUACAUUUCUCAUUAGUUUUAAAAUUUCUCCUCCAUUUCUUUCUUAA